AUGUCCAAGACAGUCAACGGCGUCGCCGCGCCACUCCGCAGCGGGCUGACCUACGGCACCGCCGCCCCGUCAACCUUCCACCUCAUAGCCUACCGGCACGUCCACGGCUCGUCCUGGUUCGCAGGCUUCGUGCAGCACCCGUCGCUCCUGCGCGACGCCGCACCGCGGUGGGACAGCACCCGCCGGGAAUGGAUCCACAGCGUGUGGGCGUUCGUCGUGCCCGACGGCGCACCGUUCAGCGCGUCCCUGGAAGCGCUGGAACGCGCAGACGGCGACGUGGUGGCGGUCACGCAGGCGGAGUGGACGCGUCUCUCCCAGCGGGAGGAGUAUGUCUUCUGGCCCGCAUACCGCUUCAAACUCCAGCGCGGCUCCGACCCCGCCAGCGCGCUAGCGUACGCGCACCGCGUGGUCCGUCACACGCCCGACGAGGUCGUGUGGCGCGCGGUGGAGCAUGGGCAGGGGGUCCACCCCGCCGAGUGGGCGGGGUUCGAGGCGCGGACAGAGGACGCCCCGCCGCCGCCGCCGCCUAUCGUCGUCGUGUCGGCUGCUACCCCGACGCGUGCGGAAGCUCGCAGAGGGUGGAGAAUGGUCGCGUAG